AGGUUUUCUCUCUGUAUGAUUCCGUCUCGGCGACAGCGAUACUUUCGCCCGAACUCACCGCCAGUGACAUCAUCUUCUUCCGGAGCAGGAAGCAGUCACCAGACUAUGAAUCCAUCGAAUAUGAAUGUUUUAGAGCAGGCCGAAUUAGUUAUCGAUGGAGGUGAUCCAGGGGAUGAACAACAAGUUGCCCAUGAAGAAAUUGUAGACGACGGUUCGACUGAAAUGGUUGUUGAUCACCAUCAUCAUCCACAACUUCGUGGUAAUCCAAUGCAUCAUCAUCACUAUGAUAACCGUCAAUCAGCUCCUGCUUAUCAAGUUCCACAACAACAAUCUCAAUCAAUUCGUAGAGGAGUUGGCCGUCCGAUGGCUCCUCGUCCACAAAGUUACCCACAUAAUAUGGAUAUGGUUCAGAAAUUGCAAAAUAAAAAUGUCUAUAUGCCAGCUCAGCAGAGACCUCAGACAAGAAUUUCUCCAGCCGGCGCGAGAAUUGUCAGCUUUGCUGGAAGAAAACGAGAUAAUUCUGAUGGGCUUCCUCCAGGUGUAAAGAAAAUGAACAUGCCCGCAGCUCGCCCACAUCAGCAGCAAACUCAACAACAAUCUCAUCUGCAGCAAGGUCAACAAUCACAGAAAAAUCUGCAACCUGUCAAAGUAGUUCGUCUGGCUUCAAGUGUGGCUCGUGCAAAUCCGACAGCAUCCGAACAUGCUCUUAUCGAAAUCGAGAAUAAUAUCAAACAAACAAUAGAAGAUGCAAAAGUCGAUACUGAGAGAUUAAGAGAAUUACAAGAAGCUGACUUCUCACAGGAUGAAUAUCAUCAAUAUCUUGGAAUGUUGAUUAUGGAUCUGGAAAGAUCAAAUGAGGCGAACUCGACUCUGACAACAUAUUAUCGCGAACGACAACGACAUGAAAAGACUAUUUCGGAAGCCAGAGAAAAUGCAUUUUCAGCUAGAAUUCGUCAGUUGGAGACUGAAAAUCGAAAAUUGAGGGAUUCGAUUCAUGUGAUGUAUUAUGGAAAGUUCAAUGAGGCUGGAGGUCAUAACAAUAUUUAUCGAAAUGAUCAUAUGGGUCAAAUGAUGGUUGAAGAGCCCGAAGAGCAUGUUGUUAUUGAAGGACACGUGGGCAAUAAUCAAGAAGGAGAAGAAGUUCCACAAGAGUGGAUUGUCGAGGAGACUGUUGAUGAACAUCGAAUGCAUUUGGAAGGAAUGGAAGCAGAUGAUCAUAUGGUUGAGGAUCAACAACAACAGGAUGAAGAACAUGAAGAUGUUAAAGAUAAAAACUUGCUCGCUGGUGGAAGUGGAAGAUCUGGAUGAAAUUUUUAACUUUUUAUCUGGAAACCUGAUUAAUUUAUUCGUUUCAUCCUCUCUUUCAUUCAUCUAUAUUCUUCUGUUGUUAAAUUAUUCCUUUAUGCCUACCGGAAUCGCAAACUAAUCAAAACAGACUAAACUUUACGAAACUACGGUCAAAAACUGUCACAUUGCGUUCCAAAUAUUAUUUAUGUUUCCAAUCCCAAAUUUUGAAAAUUAAUUUACAAAAUUCUCGGGUCUUAUCGAUUUCAUCACUUUUCUGUUUAACUUUCCAAUUUUUAAAAUUUACAAUUCUUUUUAAUCUCACCUUAAGCUCCACAGGAUCCCAUUUUCAUUCUUGAUUAUCAAAUUAACAUCUCUAGAAGGCAGGCCCUUCU